AUGGAGAAAGAACACAUUAAUCGGGCUUUUCAAUUACUAGAAUGCUUUUGGAGUUUCCUCCGCAAAUGCAUAUUCUCAAUCCUCUCAGUGGGCCCCAUCCCCCGACACAUUGCCUUCAUCAUGGACGGUAACCGAAGGUACGCCAAGAAGAGGAACCUUCAAGAAGGGGCAGCGGGCCACCGGGCUGGCUUCUCGGCCCUCAUGAGAAUGCUACAAUACUGUUACGAGCUUAAUAUUAAAUAUGUGACCAUUUACGCCUUCAGCAUCGACAAUUUCAAAAGGCGUCCGGAGGAGGUACAAUCCACCAUGCAAUUGAUACAGGAAAAAAUCGAGGGCUUAAUCGAGGAGGAGAGUAUAGUCCACCGUUAUGGGGUUCGAGUCCACUUCAUAGGGAACCUCAAGCUCCUUAGCAAGCCCGUUCGAUCGGCUGCCGAGCGGGCCAUGCAGGCCACCAUGCAAAACUCGAGGGCCGUGCUCUCGAUUUGCCUUGCCUACACAUCCACGGACGAGAUCAUGCGAGCAGUCGAGAAAACAUGCAGCGAGAGAAAACGGGCGGUGCUUAUUUCGGGGGACGAAGGCGAGUGCCGUGUCGAUGUGGCGGAUGUUGAUAGGGCUAUGUAUAUGGCGGUUGCGCCCGACCCAGAUGUUUUGGUACGGACCUCGGGCGAGACCCGGCUGAGCAAUUUUCUGCUGUGGCAGAGCACGUCUACCUUACUGUACUCCCCUGGGGUGCUCUGGCCGGAUAUCGGAUUCCGGCACCUGGUGCUGGCGGUAUUGGAUUUUCAGAGAAAUUUCACUUAUUUUGAGAAGAAACAGAAGCAAAUUUAG